AUUACGAUAAUUUCACCCUUUUACCUACCGGCCACCAGACCCUUCUCUGUCUCUCCUCUCUCUCUCCUCAACAGCUGCAUGGGAUGUGAAGUUCCGGGCCUCUGCAACUCUCCCACUUACCAUGUUUAUUGUAUCCCUGAACCUAAGGUACCCAUCUUCUCUCUCACUCUUAGCUUCGCUCCCAUUCUCUUUCUUCAUCUCAACAUUUCACAGUCCAAAACACAAAUAAACCCUUAUGUUCUUGCCUCUUUCUUAAAGCUGCAAACCUAAAAUCAUCAUCAGGUUCAACCCACAAUCCUUCCUAGACUCCACUUUUUUGUUCCUUGCCUCCUGACUACUAUUACAAUUAUAGAUGCCCAUUUCAUUUUCUUGAUGAAUUUCUUAUAAAAAGCUUCCAAAAUUUUAUCUUUAUGUUUCUUAGGGCUUUGAGACCCAGACCCAUCUUCAUUUUUGUAAGUGCUUUGAUCUCCUGGUAGAUCUUCAAAAUCAUAGGUUUGUGGGGGGCUUUUUUUCAGUUUAGAUUAACUACCCAGUUCUUGUUUGUUAUCUUUGAGCUUGAGGAGAGAAUUGUUGGGUUUCUUAGGGCUAAUCAAAUUAGGGGACACUAGAACUUAGAAAAGGUUGUAGCUUUCUGUCUCAAUUGUUGAGAUAUUGAAGCUUCUUAGGCAAAUAAUUUAAUUGGGUUUGAACCUUUUUGCCAAAUUUUUGGGUCCAUCUUCAGCUAUGCAAUUAGGGUUUCUUUUAGGGUUCUGAUUCUUUGUUAACCCCAUGGCUGCAAAUGGUCACUGUUUUGUGGAGUGGAAAGAGCAAUUUGUUUCCAAGGAGCGGGGCAAGCGGGUGGUUCACUAUUUCCUGAAGGAUGUUUCCGGGGAUUCUAUUCUUGCUGUUGUGGGCACUGAAAGGAGUGUUAGGCACAUGUUCUAUGUUGUUGCUGAAGAGUUCUUGAAAGUUUAUGGGACCGAGAACUCGGUCCAUGCCGGCUACAGAUGGAGAUCAAGGAGAGAGGUUGUGAAUUGGCUCACAUCUAUGCUAUCGAAGCAGCACCGGCAAAGCGGUCGGUCCAAAUCACCAAAAAGUGAUCCAGUGAACAAAGUCAGGGCUCAACAGCCUCACAUGCCAGAUUACAAGGAUCGUCUUGCAAAGAAUUUGAGAGGACAUGCAUCAGACAUUGUGUGGUCAGGUGUAGCAUGGGCAUGUGGUAAACAACUCAAGCACUACCCAGCAUUUUGCAGGAAUGGGACUACAAUAGCGACACAGUCCUUCGUUUUUGUCAUGGCCGAAGAAGAGAAUCGCCAUCUUGCAUAUCUGGAUGAUAUGUAUGAAGACAGGAAGGGACAUAAAAAGGUCAAAGUGAGGUGGUUUCACCAUAAUCAAGAAGUCAAGGGUGUAAUUUCUUUACGAAAUCCUCACCCCAAAGAGGUUUUCAUCACCCCAUAUUCCCAAGUCAUCAGUGCAGAGUGUGUUGACGGUCCUGCCGUAGUCUUAACUCGUGAACAUUAUGAGAAAUGUGAAUCUGUAUUUCCACAUGCUUUGUUAGCUAAAGUACAACUUUGCUUUAGACAAUUUAGAAACAAUCGUGUGAAGCCUUUCAAUUUGAGUAAAUUGCGUGGCUAUCAUGAUCAACCAAUCUUUUCAUGUUUGGAUCCUGAUUUCUUUGAAGACGAGGAAUUCAGCCCAGGUGACUAUGUGAAGCUGGGCAAAAGGACUAGAAGUUGUAGAAGGCGUCAGAUGUUGACCUGUGAACCAUCAUUCAAGAAGUCUGGUUUGUUGAGUAGGAGACUGCUUUCGCGCAAGUUUAUUGAGCACUAUCCUUGGCAUGCCACAAUUUUUAAGGUUAAUGAAAAGAUAGAGUUGCUGUGCCAAGAUAGCGGUAUCCGAGGCUGCUGGUUUAGGUGUACAGUGUUGGAGGUAUCUCAGAGACAGAUGAAAGUCCAAUACGACGAUGUGAAGGAUGAAGAUGGAUACGGGAAUCUUGAGGAGUGGAUCCCGAGUUUCAGACUGGCAGUGCCAGAUAAACUUGGAAUGAGAUGCUCAGGCCGCCCAACAAUCAGGCCAGCCCCUCCUCACAAUCAAACAGAUCUUGCUUUUGAGGUUGGAGAUCCAGUGGAUGCGUGGUGGAGUGAUGGUUGGUGGGAAGGGGUUGUAACUGGCAGCAGUAAUCAUGGAGAUGAAAGUCUGCAAGUCUAUAUACCCAGUGAAAAUUUAGCUUUAAAAAUAUAUAGGAAGCAUGUAAGAGUUUCAAGAGAUUGGGUGGGGGACCAUUGGGUCGAUAUUGCUUCAAAUCCUGAUAUUCUCUCAGCCAUAUCUGCUGCUAUUUGCCCGGAUACAAAGCUUUCUGUAUCCUUGAUUACCAAAAAGGUGAAAUCUGAUGAUCUUCCAAUGUCAUGUGAUGAAGUUCCCUCCAGUAUCAAACCCAUUGUUGUUGAAAAUGAGAAGCCUAGCUUAGCUGGUUUGGUCUCUUCUGAUGGCCUUUUGAAAGAAAUGGAUUGGAUGAAUGAUGAGAAGCAACUGUCAAUAGAAGACAAAGAUAACGGAGAUAAUGACAAUCAUGUCAAUGACAGCAGUGAAAAAGACCAUGCAGAUUAUGUCCAUGGUGACGAUGACAUCAAUAAUUUUGAUGACGACAGCGACAAUGAGAAUGAGGAUGACAGUGACGAUGCUGGUUAUGAAGACAAGGAUGGGGACAAAUUAGAGAUAGAGUGUGAAACUGCUGGACAGAAAUGUGAAACAAAACCCAUUGAACUGGUGGCAUAAGGCGCUUCACAGGAGUUCACAGAGGUACAUUCUCUUAACAGUAGUGGUGGUGAUUGAUGGUAAAAUGGAGUUUAGCCCGAGGGUUGGGAUAUUUGUAAAUAAAGAUAGAGAGGUGAUCGGAGUUAUAUAUCUUGCACUUCUUAUUGGACAUGGGAGAAGCUUUUGGGUGUACAGAAUGAGGUUAGAAAUCUCUAAUGGAUUCAGUUAACUGAUUGUUUUAGGAUUACAUGAUGGGGAGGUCCCUUAUAUAGGAAGCUCUACUUAAACCUUUUUAGUGUGCUUUUGUAUUUGUACUUGUACCAAUGAUAUUGAGUUCUCUUGUAAAACUAGAACUAUUAUUAAAUCAUCUUUAUUAUCAUUGUA